CGUCGGCGGGCUUCCCCCUCGGCCGAAGGGACGGCAGCUCCGCUCGGGCAGCAGCGAGGAGCGGGUGCGGGGCUUUGCAGCGGCCGAGCCCGGACCUUCCCCGGACUCCCCCCCCCCGACCUUUGACCCCUGACCCCCGCGCCCCCUCCCCUAGGCCAGCCCGCUCCCGCAGCCCCCCGGAGGACCGGCCGGCAGGGGAGCCACUCCAAAGAAGCCACAGCUCCAGCUCCCCCAUCCCCGCUAGCCUGCCCCGUGGACUAGGCCGCACCCAGCCCAGCGUUCCCGGGUCACAUGUCCAAGAUGGAGCUGCAGAAACUAGGAGAGGCCGAGAGCCGGGAACUGAUGAACGGGAGUCUCCCACAGAGCCACAAGGUGCCAAUGGAGUCCGGCUACAAGACCACAGAAGUCCCUGAGCAGGAGGGCUUUCUGCCCCACACCCAUUACCAGAAGUCCUCGCAAUUCACAGACUUUGAAGGGAAGACAACGUUUGGGAUGUCAGUGUUCACCUCAAGCAAUGCCAUCAUGGGCAGCGGCAUCCUGGGCCUGGCGUAUGCCAUGGCCAACGGCAUCCUGCUCUUCCUCAUCCUCCUGGUCUGCAUCGCGCUGCUGUCCUCCUACUCCAUCCAUCUGCUGCUCAAAUGUGCUGGGGUGGUGGGGAUCCGGGCAUAUGAGCAGCUGGGGCAGAGGGCGUUUGGCCCAGCAGGCAAGGUGGUGGCUGCUGUCAUUAUCUCCAUACACAACAUCGGAGCCAUGUCCAGUUACCUCUACAUCAUCAAGUAUGAGCUUCCUCUGGUGAUCAAGACUUUCCUGGAUACGGAGAGUUCUGGAGAGUGGUUCCUGGACGGAAACAUUCUGAUCGUCAUCGUCAGUAUCUUCAUAAUUCUUCCUUUGGCCCUCUUGAAGCAUCUGGGCUACCUGGGCUACACCAGCGGCCUGUCCCUCACCUGCAUGGUGUUCUUCCUCAUCUCGGUGAUCUAUAAGAAGUUCCAGAUCCCAUGCCCUCUGCUCAUCACAUCCCCUGACCAGAACUCUGGACACUACAACGGUAGCUUAAACAGCACACACCUCAUGAUUAACAUCAGCACCCCCAAAGCCGACGAGGCCGUCUGCACGGCCAAGAUCUUCACCGUCAACUCCCAGACAGCCUACACCAUCCCAAUUCUGGCCUUCGCCUUCGUCUGCCACCCCGAGGUUCUGCCGAUCUACACUGAGCUGCGCAGUGCCUCCAAGAAGCGGAUGCAGGGAGUUGCGAACAUGUCCAUCCUUUCCAUGUUCUUCAUGUACGGGCUCACCGCCAUCUUUGGCUACCUGACCUUCUACGGGAAAGUGGAAGCCGAGAUGCUUCAUACGUACAGCCAAGUGAACCAGAAGGAUCUGCUCAUCUUGUGCGUGCGGCUGGCUGUUCUCAUGGCGGUGACCCUGACGGUGCCUGUCGUUCUCUUCCCGAUCCGCAGGGCCAUCCAGCAGCUCCUUUUCCACCAGAAGGACUUCAGCUGGAUCCGCCAUAUUGCCAUUGCCAUCAGCCUCCUCUUCAUAGUUAAUCUGUUGGUCAUCCUCAUCCCCAACAUCCGAGACAUCUUUGGGGUGAUUGGAGCCACCUCGGCCCCCAGCCUCAUCUUCAUCCUCCCUAGCAUCUUUUACAUCCGCAUCAUCCCCAAUGAGAAGGAGCCGUUGAGUUCGCGCCCCAAGAUGCAGGCGGCCUGCUUUGCAGCCUUGGGCUUCAUCUUCAUGAUCAUGAGUCUCAGCUUCAUCAUCGCCGACUGGGUGACCACAGGCAAGAGCAGCACAGGGGGCCACUGA